AUGGAUAGGAAGAGGAAGAACCCUAAUCAAUUUUUCUCUUACGUUCGUUUUGAAGCCAGUGGUGAUUCUGAAGCUGAUUCUGAUCCUAACAUGGAUUGUGAAAAAGCUAAAUCAUCAUUGCAUGAUGAGGAUAAUGACGACGCUUUAUCUUGCAGUGGUGGAUCUACGGUUGAUGAGCAUGAUGAUGGUGAUGAGAACGAGAAGAGAAAAGACGAAGAGGAAGAGAAAGAUGUUGUUUAUGGAAAAUCAUAUUGUGAAGAAGAUGAAGAGGAUGAUGAAGUGCAUGGUGAAGAUGUUGAUUUAGGUGGAGAUUUGGUGGAUGAGAAUGAAAAGAAUAGGAGGUUUUGGGAAGCUUGUAUGGCAUCUUGA